GUCGGAAAAGGGGAGAGCUUGGAGGGCAAAUCUGGAGCAGAGUAUAAGAAGAUGGUUGCAAGGGAGGAACUGCAGGAGAUUGUGCCCGCCUUCUCCUUAUGUGCUGCAGGAGACUAAAUAGGGUUGGAUCCCCGGGAGUUCAAUUUUUCUUGGGAGGGAAUUGGAAACUACUUGUACUACCUCUCUGGGAGGCAAAAAAUUGGACAGAGGUGGCUGAAAGUCUUCCCUGACCUGUAGCUACAGCAAUGGUACUAUGAAUAGAAAGGUGUUUGAAGAGAAAGAAUGAAAAGCCAAUCUUUGGAGAGUGAGGAAAUUGGAAAAGGCCCUUUGGGUGUCCAGCCUGGGAGCUAUGAAGAGAUCUGGGCAAGAACUGGUCAGAAGAUCUUGGAGGAGACAACCACCCUUUCAGAAGUUCAGCUAUGGAAGUUCAGGAGCUUUCAGCACCAGGAGGAUGAAGGGCCGCGAGGACUAUGCAGCCAACUCCAUUCCUUUUGUAGUCAAUGGUUGAGACCAGAAAAGCACACAAAAGCACAGAUACUGGACCUGGUUGUUUUGGAACAGUUCUUGGCACUUCUGCCUCUGCACAUUGAGAGCUGGGUACGAGAGUGUGGAGCAGAGACCAGCUCCCAGGCGGUGGCCCUGGUGGAAGGUUAUCUCCUGAGCCAGGUGGUGGAGCAGAAGGAGAGAAUUGACUGGCAGUCCUUCAUGGUAGAGAUCAGAGAUCCUGAGGGAAGGAGGCAUCCAUCAAAUUCAUCUCCGGAAAUGUUUUUCAGGAGAAUCUCUCAGGAGGAUCCAAAUAUGGUCACGACCAGAGGGAAGAAUAGAAGGAAAUUGACCCUUCCUGGUGGUGGAACUCAAAUAAUGGUUGAAACUCCAGUUCAAGUAAGAGGAAAUUAAUUUAUUAGAUUUGUAUGCUCCCUUUCCUUCAGAAAGUCAAGCUGAUGUACAUAGACAGUGUCCUUCCAUUUUUCCUUCUUUUUUGGGUUGGCUUAUUUUUGUGUUCCUGAGCAAGAUUUUAAGUUGAAACAGCUUCUUUUUAGAAAAUCUUCUAAGACCAGUAUUUUAAAUAACUGCUAAUUGUUUCCAAUUAUUAUUAUUACAAUUGUAGUUAUGCUAAUUACACACUUUUCAAAUAAUCCUUCUGGAUGCUCAUUUUUUCCCUAACUCUGAGUUAGAUUUUUGCAAGGAUGCUGAAAACUGUCUAAAUAUUCACAAUGGCAAUUACAAUUUAAAAAAAACAACACGUUUUUAGUCAAGGCACUUUUGGCUUGCAAAUAAAUUCUUUUUUAAAAAUAUAUGUUUUAUUAUUAUUUUUUAAAUAUACAUCUGUAUUGUGUGUGAACAGAAUUAGUUCUGAGUAUCAUUCAUAUUAGUCCAGUUCACAAUAACAGUCUUAGCAAUUUCUAUCUCAUUUAUCAAAUUUUAGUAACCCUCAUUUUAUUUUUAAAACAUACAUAAACAAGAAAUGCCUAACUCCUCAUCUUUAUCUCUAUCUUCAUCUCUAUCUUCCUUGUUCAGUCUAGACAUUUCUCUAUUAUACGUAUAUAAAAAAGUUUGACUUUUUUUAAUCCAAUUCACGUUAACAUUGUUAAUAGUCUCUAUCAUAUUUAUCAAAUUUAUAUAAUCUUCAUUAUAUUAUUGAAACAUACAUAAAAAAUAAAAAUGCCUAACAUCUGUAAAUUUCUAAUCUUUCUAUUGUUUUAUUCAUUCUAUAAACAAUUUAUAUUUUAAUAUUUCCCCUAACUAAUGUUAUCUCUGUCUCCUUAGCUUACACUCAGGCUACUUUAAUGUUUAAAGGGCAAUUUUUAAUCCAUCAUCUCUUCUCUUUAGUGCUUCAAUUUUUAUCGCAUUUUUAAAUUUGCCUCCCACACUCUUCACCUUUGUCUCUAUCUUUAUGUAUCUGUUCUUUGUUUAAUCUAAACUUUCUUCCCAGUACAAUCUUGCGUUGCCA